AUGAGUGAAACAGCAUCAGCAAAGGUGUUCAACACAACGUUCAAAAAAGCUUUGAAAUGUGUUCCAGACGUGAAGUUUAAUACAAUCGAUAACUCUGUCUUCUCAAGACACAUUAUAGAAAACCCAUCGACCAUUGUUGGCCAUGGAUUUUCUUUUGGGUUGUCUUCCUUCAACAACUACCCCGUCUUCCCAACAGGUGACAAACAAGGUGAACCAAACAGCGACUAUAUUGGCAUAUUGAGGUUUAAGAAUGCAACGUGUUUAGUAGUUUGCGACGGGUGCGGGUGGAAUAAGGAUAGUGCGAGAGCUUCAAAACUAGCGGUUGAGACUAUUCUCUCACUUUCAGUUGAAAUUUUACCAAAGGCAGAUACACUCAGAAACGCUGCGAAAGGUAUAGUCAACAUGAUGUCAUGUGCUCACGAUAAAAUAGUUGCUGGUAACUUAAUUCGAGUGGCUAAUGGCACAACAACGAUCUUAGUCGCGUUUACCGUGUGUACCAAAAAGCAUCCACAGACCAUAUUUGUAUCAGUCGGUGACUGUGAAGCUUUCAUCUACCAACACGACACAAACAAAACAAUUCCAAUUAAUAAAAAGUGGCAACGACCACUUGAGAAAGUGCAGGACUCCCUUGGGUGCAUCGGGUGCACUGCAAAUGGACUUCCGGAUUUGAAGACGCACUCGAUCAAAGUGUUUAAGACGAAGGUACAAGAUGUUGUGAUAGUGACCACUGAUGGGAUGUCGGACAACAUCUCAAUGAAUAACAAUUAUAGUAAAAAAGUGUUAGAUGAGAUCAUUACAGAGAAAAUGAAGAAGUCGUCCUCCCUCAUCAACUUCAUAGAACAAAUGAAUGACUUUGUCAUCACUUCUACGGCCGAUUUAAAGAGUUUCCAUGUGAACAACCCGACUAAAAAACGAGAGGUCGGGAUGUUUCAAGGCAAAUUGGAUCACACGACUAUUGGGACGUAUAUGGUUGAUACGGAAUAUAUCGACAUAGGAAUUGUAGACAAUUUCCACUCCUAUGAAAUAGAGGAUACGUAUACUCCACAUUCUUUACGACAGACUCGGUCGUUAUCGCUUGGUUCAAAAGACUUGGUUAAUCAUCUCACAUUAAGUGAAAAGGACCAACGAAAUUCUUCCGAAAAGGAGUUCUCAUCUUUUGAGCCUUUUUCUGUCUCACAAAAGAUCGAAUACUCACGCCCUGUUUACACACCAAUUUUUAAAAACAAAGGAGGCGCUAUAAGUCCACCACAACUCGAUAGGUUAUCACCUCUAACUAUUUCUCCUCCUCAGUCUCAACCGGAAAAAAAGGUCGAAAAGAAAGCUGAAAUCGUCUUUAGAUUUAGUCCUUCACCAACUCAUCAACCCCCGAAGGAAAGUUUCUUUGUGAAAUUUGCCCAAAAAUGA